AAUGCACUCUCUUGUUACGUUAUUACUUUGCCGCCCCUUAUGCCAAUUAGAAACAUUACGGGCUGCCUCCGCACCUUACAUCAUCGGUCAUCGCUGGUGAAGGAAUUUGAAGGGCAAACAGGCCUCUUAUAUUUAGGACAUAGUGGAGCGCAAGAUGGCCGCACCUGCACUGUUACCUCCAGCUGGCUUAACCAGUGGAAUGGCGCAUGUGGCGCACGACCGCUGGGACCCAGUCAAGGAAAGCAACGACUACUCUGAACAUGUAUCUGAGCACCGUGUACGUCCCCAGAUUGCACUUCCAGCUCCGAACUUGACGAUGGGCUACACUAAUGAGGACAUCGACCUCAGCCACCCAAGCAACCGGCCCAUUUUGGCUUGCAACGGACUACCACGCAAUUUCAAAGUUGGAAGCCGAUGCAUCAACCCUCUCGAACCAAGAUAUGUCCUACCCGGCACAUCCCCUUCACGUGACCUGCCUCGGGAAGUACAAAGCCCAGUUGCAGGUGCGGCGAGCCGCAUAACGAGCCCCAAACCUCACAUCAGUAACACAUCGGCUGUGAUGGGGAGCAUAGGGGAUGUCCCACCCAGCCGCUCAGGCUCCGAGCGGCUGCUGGUGCCCGCCAUGUCCCUUCCUCGCGGGAACACAGCCGGGCCCGACGCGACAGCCCCGAGCUUAUCUCCCAAGCUACAACCGCUCACGUCAACCCCGGGCACAGCAACCGCGGCCACAGUGGCCAGCCCGACAACACGACCAUCAACACAAUCCCAACAUCACCAGCAGCAGCCGCACCAGCAACCCCAGCACCACCAGCAGCCCCAGCAGCUGGCUGCCAACCCCCUCAUCAGCACCAACGGGGCCGUCGGCGGGCUGCUGCUGUACGGCCCCACGGCCCCCGUGCCGCCCGCGUGGGAGGCCAUCAGCGCUGCCGCCGCCGGCAACCGCUGCCUGGAUGUGGCGGACAUCAACGGCCAGCGCCGCAGCAGCACGGUGCCGCCACGGCGCAACGGCGGCUUCGACCCGCUCUUCAUCACCGACAUCGUGCCCCCGCGCAAGUCCAGCCCCACUCGCGCGCUCAACAGCCUCACCACCGGCGACAUACGCGGCGCCGCCUCGCGCCCGCGCACCCGCGACGUGCCCUCCCCCGGCCGUGGCACCCUCAACAGCGCCGACAUCACGGGCGCUUCCCCCGGCUGCCUCACCCGCCCCUCGCCCACCACCUUUGCCCUGGGGCGCUGGCCGGCUCCCUCUGUGCCACAAUACCACUUCAGUCAGUCCACGCGGGUGACCCUGCUGAAGAAGCCCA